UUAUGUCAAUAUUAAAACCUGGUGAAAGUUACUAUGUUACAAUUGAUGAUGAUUUUGUAAAGCACAGAAUUAACAAAGCGCCUCUCGAUGGUGUAAAAGAAGGUGUUUGGUUUUUUAAAACAAAUCCUAAAACAGCAAAAAGUGAAGGUGGCUUUAAUGGACAAGUUCGAUUGACUCCAGAAGGGACUAUUUAUUUUGACAGCCUUAACAAAAACGAUCGUAAAGAUUUUCACUUGAAAUUAUCACAAGAAUUGACUGAUGCAAUUCCCGACAGAUUAGUUCAUAUAACUACUAAUGAAAAGACUGAAAUUGACACGUCAGUCUUUCAAAAACAAAUCAUUAUAUCAAUUAAUAUUCAACAAGAAAGAUCUGUUAGUUCCGCACAUUUUGAUUUAGAUACUUUAAUUAAAUUUAAAUCUAUAACUGUCAUUGGUUCCG